UUGCCUAUUGUAUUUCCAAUUGAACAUCAUGAAGUCUAUAUUUGCUGUGUUACUUUUCUGCCUCCUUAUAUGAUACUCCAUAACAGUUUAGCAGAGAAUUUUAAGUUGAUUGUGAAUGCCAAUUUUCAAAAAAUGAUCUUGUUGUUCAAUUCUUCCUUCAGUGCUAUGUCUCCACAAAGUGAAUUAUCCUCAUGCAUGCCACAAUUCCACAGAUGUCUACCCCAGUACCUAGUAUAUGCCCAAACCUGGGGGCAGUGGAGGGGUGCCACCUGGGAGUCGAGACAGCAGCGGAAUAUGUCGAAGCAGUAGCAUCAGCAGUGGAAAUUGUGGGUCUGGAAGCAAGAUACUGUCCCUGUCAUCCAUGAGUGAGAGUGUGCACAGUGGCCUGAGUAACUUCCUGUCAGAGCACGCACUGGAGCAGGAAGAGAGGCAGCAGCGCAGUAGCCAGUUAGCAGAGUUUCAGCGCUUGAGAGAGGUUCGUGCAGCUGCUCAGUUAAAAAAUCUGGAGGAUUUCCUCAGGAUGAACCAUGUUUCCCUCAGGGACAGUGUGUCUUAUACCACCGGUAUGAUUUACAGAAAUCUGGGCAAAUCUGGGCUGAGGGUGUCCUGUCUUGGAUUAGGCACAUGGGUUACCUUUGGAGGCCAGAUAACGGAUGAGGUGGCAGAGGAGCUGGUGACUUUGGCGUAUGAGAAUGGAAUCAAUCUGUUCGACACGGCAGAAGUGUAUAAUGCUGGGAAGGCUGAAGUUGUCUUUGGCAGCAUCAUAAAGAAGAAAGGAUGGAGGCGUUCCAGUUUAGUCAUCACCACCAAAAUCUUCUGGGGCGGAAAAGCAGAAAUGGAAAGAGGAUUAUCUAGAAAACAUAUAAUCGAAGGUCUGAGGGCAUCCCUAGAGAGACUUCAGCUGGAGUACGUAGAUGUGGUUUUCGCAAAUCGACCAGAUCCUAACACACCUAUAGAAGAGACUGUAAGGGCAAUGACUCAUGUGAUCAACCAGGGGAUGGCCAUGUAUUGGGGGACAUCACGAUGGACCUCUAUGGAGAUCAUGGAGGCAUACUCAGUGGCACGACAGUUCAAUCAGAUCCCACCGAUCUGUGAACAGGCAGAGUACCACAUGUUCCAGAGGGAGAAGGUUGAAGUGCAGCUGCCUGACCUGUUCCACAAGAUAGGCAUUGGAGCCAUGACCUGGUCUCCACUGGCCUGUGGGAUCAUCUCAGGGAAGUAUAACAGUGGGAUCCCCCCUUAUUCACGAGCCUCGCUUAAGGGUUAUCAGUGGUUGAAGGACAAGAUCCUGAGUGAAGAGGGCCAUCGUCAGCAGGUGAAGCUAAAAGAGCUGAUUGCAGUUGCUGAGCGACUAGGCUGCACUCUGCCACAGCUGGCUAUUGCAUGGUGCCUGAGAAACGAAGGGGUGAACUCUGUCUUGCUGGGAGCUUCUAGAACUGACCAGCUAAUGGAGAAUAUCAGAGCAAUACAGAUUCUUCCAAAGUUGUCACUGUCCAUCGUAUCUGAGGUGGAUAACCUCUUGGGAAACAAGCCCUAUAAUAAAAAGGACUUCAGAUCGUAGAAGCCCCAGCAAUGAACUGUCAGUGUGUCCUCUGUUGGAUGGCUAUGAAUCAAAGACACAAUCACACAUGGGCAACACGUAGUGUAGCAAACGGUGAAUAAUCUGGAAUCUACUUUGUUCACCACAUUUCCACUUAUUGCCACUUCAUAUGAUAUGAAGGUUUAUAAUAUGCAAUACUUUUUCUAGCAGUUUAGCCUUGAAUGGAUAAAAAGGAAACAAUUUGCUCUAAUCAGAUGAGUCACUGAAACACUAAAGAAAAUCACUGAGUAAGGUGUUGCUUUGUGUCUACACUGUCUACUCAGCAUGUCUCAGAGUGGCUAACUUAAAAAUUCAUUUGUUGCAUUUGUGUGCUAUUAAACAUGUGUUGCACAAGACAUGUAAACCUCCUGAGCACAAAAUUUGUGAUGAAUUAGCAAUUUUAGUGUAAUAAUCACAGACAUGCUUAAAUACUGUUUUUAGGGUUGGAUUUCAGUCACAGUUUAGGUACCUCAUUAUAGUUACAUUAAUAUAGUUAUGUCUAAGUCAAUGUAUGUUUGAUUUUCUGUUGUAUUUUUAUUAAAUCCUUUCCUGUGACUUUUUGUCAAACAAAACUGUUGUGUUGCCUGGAAUUUUUCCUGAUGACAUAACCUUAU